GCCAACCCAAGACCCGCCGCGAACCGCCACCUUCGCCCAAUUGACCCACCGCGAACCCAAGUUUAUUUCGGCAUUUUCUAAUAUGAUCUCUUAACAGAUCCAAUAAUGGAAGACUUUGUGGUGCAUAUGAAUGGUGGGGAUGAUGCACUUAGCUACGCCAACAAUUCUAGUUUUCAAAGAGUGGUGAUAUCAAAAACAUGGCCUGUGCUAGAUAAAACCCUUAAAGACAUGUUCGAUAAAACCGGGUUCAAAAGUGGCUUCAAGAUGAUCGAUCUAGGCUGUGCAUCAGGUCCAAACACUUUAGUUGUUAUCUCCCAUAUAAUGGAUACAAUUAAAACUCUUUGCAAAUGUGACCAAUUGCCUGAAUUCGAGGUUUACUUGAAUGAUCUUCCUGCCAAUGAUUUCAACAAUUUGUUCAAGAUGUUGCCUAGUUUUCAUCAAGGCUGGAAAAAUUGCUUCGUAUUCGGUCUUCCGGGAUCCUUUUACGAAAGAUUACUCCCAAGCAACAGUCUUCACUUUGCCUACUCAAACUAUUGUCUUCAAUGGUUAUCACAGAUUCCUGAAGGGGUUGAGAAGAGUAAUAAGGAAAAUUUCAUUCCUAUAAAGACGAGUCCUGUAGAGGUAUUUGAAGCAUAUGAACAACAAUUCCGAAGAGAUUUCUCAACUUUCUUAUCGAAGAGGGGGGAGGAGAUGAUUAUUGGAGGGUAUACGGUGUUGGCAUUCGUCGGUAGAAAUUCUGUCGACUUCUCUUCUGAUGAUUCCUAUGAAAGCUUGAGGCUGCUUGCAGAGGCACUUGUCGACAUGGUCGCCGAGGGCCUCAUCAAUGAAGAAGAUCUGCAUUCAUUCAAUAUCCCAAUAUACUUUCCAUGUCGAGAGGAAGUCGAGGCAAUCAUCGAGCAAGAAGGGUCCUUCAAUAUCAAGGAGUUGGAGGCAUUCAAGGUUCCAUGGGACACCAACACCUAUGAGGAUGAUGAUUAUGGUAAGACAGUCGACAACUAUAGAAGCAGAGAAAUAAUAGCAAGUCAUGUCCGCGCCGCCUUCGAGCCAUUGCUUUCUAAUCACUUUAGCAAUGCAAAGAUCGAUAUGAAUAUCCUAUUUGAAAGGUACGCACAAAAAUUGAGAGACUAUAUUGUUGAGGAGAUGCCAUCAUACUUUACCUUGCUUAUUUCUUUGAAUAGAAUUUGAUUUCUCUAUAUCCAUAUAUAUAGAGAGAGAAAAAAAAAAAAUUUAAAAAUAUAUCCGCAUUUAUACUUCAUUAUCACUUUUGUCUUGUAUUUAUCUCGUUGACAAAAUAUAUCAUACAUGCUUGCUAAAUAUUAUACAUGUUUGCAAAAUUCGUUAUUUCUAUCAUUUGGCCACACGUGCAAACAUAUAUGAUAUAUUUUGUCAUCGUGAUACGAUAAAAUUGACAAUGGGGUAUACGGUGAAAUAUUUUUUUAUAAUUUUUCCAUAUAUAUAUA